UAUUCAACAAUGGAAAAACGAUCAACUGCAGAAUCAUCACCGUCGUCUAAUCGCCGAACCAAACGCGCCAAAUACGCGCCCAUAGCUUGCGAUACUUGCAAGAAACGAAAGCUCAAAUGUGUCAGAGAGGAAGGGGAACACAUUUGUAGGAGAUGCGCUGCGAACCAUGGGGAGUGCGUCUUUGCUCUUCCUGUCACUACUCAUCCAUCAAACGAAAAUAAUGAGCGUUCGACGAGACGGUCAACUCUAGAGCCGCAAUCAGACAUAGCAUCCUUAAAUCAACAAGUCGCAGCACUUCAGAACCAAGUCAGUGCGUUGACGACAGCGUUACAAGACGUGUCUCAGCGUCUUCCCCAGCUCACAGACCCAUCCACCACAACGUCUGUUUCUCACGGCAACGGAUCAACCUACAGACAAGAACUUCGAAAUGUCAGAAAUGAACCAAGAGAACCUCAGUUUGUCGGUCCAAUGAGAUCCGCUUACAGCUUCCAAAUCGCCGAGAAUUCCCUCUCGGGCAUGGGCAUCGAGCGGCGUCCUGGCACAGCUGCAAGCUUGUCAGUUUCCCCAUCAGAGUCAAUGCCAGAUGUUGAAUGUGAGCGCGGAUCCCUCCCUCCGAGAGACAUCGAUGUUCUUCCAAGUUUGGGUGCAGUGGAGAUACAGCGACUUCUGGAACUGUAUCGUGAAGAAAUCGUAACUGUAUAUCCAUUUCUGGAAGUAGACGACCUUUCUCGAAUUGUCACGUCAGUUCUUGAGUCUCCCGAGGAGAACACACUCAAGGAGAUACAAGCUAUCAAACUAGUUGUCGCUACCGCUCUGGCAGUCGAAGCCCAUGGACAGAACAACCUCAGCAAAAGACUCAUAGACGAAGUUGAGCCUGUGAUAUGCAGUGUUUCAGGCGAAGCAUUUAUCGACAUUCUAGAGCUCCAACUGAUGAUCAUGCUGAGCAUUUACUGGUUCUACUGCGGAGAAGAACUUCUCGCCUGGAGAGCCAUUGGAAUUGCAGGAAGAGAAACAAAUGAAAUUGGCCUACAUCGCCGGGCCUCCCUUAUGGAGAACUUCAAAGACCCCCAGGAACGGGAUUUGGCUUUGCGGUGUUUUUGGUGCGUUUACAUUCUCGACCGGAGAUGGAGUUAUGGAACGAGUUUAUCCUUUGGGAUAUCGGAUCGUGACAUUGAUCCCCAGUUACCCGAGCCGGUAUGUAUGAUCUUGACUUGCGGGCAUUAUGGUGUGCUAAUACGCAGGUCAGACACAUCAUCCAUAUCUCCUAUGCAUGGUUUCUUACGCACGGCUAUGUUC